UCACAUGGACGGCCUUGACACGUGUGCAGUGUUUACCUGGGAAAGUGAUGGUACCAGGAUGCACUGUGGGAAGAAGACAAGCUGGUGGAGAGAGUGUGGUGCUCAGGGCAAUGUCCUCCUGGGUCCGGGCAUUCAUGUGGACACACUGAAUGUGGACUGACACACUGCACACAUUGUUCGUGCAUCGUUGAAGAACAAUGCAAAGAGUUCAUGUUGCCUUGGCCUCCAUAUUCCCCAGAUCUCAAUCCAGUCAAGCAUCUGUGGGAUGUGCUGGAACCUGUCCAACUUACAGGAUCUCAAGGAUCUACUGGUCUGGGGUUUGGAGUUUCUUCCCUUUUCUUCUCUCGGGAAUACCACUAUGUGAACGAGAAAAAGACGUGGCUGGACGCUCAGAGCUACUGCAGAGUGAUGUACACUGACUUAGCUACUAUAGGCAACAUGGAAGAGAUGAGGAUGCUGAUGUCUGUAAUAGACCCUUGUUAUAAUGGUUCCGUGUGGAUUGGACUUAAAAGAGGAGACCAGCCCAGCUGGGGCUGGUCUAUGGGAGACGACCUCCUGCCCAAGUAUAGUAACUGGACAAACGGGGGAGCUGCUCAAACAUUUCCCUGUGGAAGAAUAUCUCAGGCGUGGUCUGCAUACAACUGCUUACAGAAGUACAUUGGUUUGUGUUACGAUGCAAACCCAACUGAUGGCAGACGAUAUGUUGGGUUGACCACAGAAACAACCUGGAAAGAAGCUCAGACUCUCUGCAGAAAUAAAUAUACGGACCUGGUCAGCAUCCACACCUUAGAAGAACACAAAAGGGUUGCUGAUCUUACGAAGAAUUACAGUGUUGAGUACAUGUGGAUUGGCCUGUUCAGUGACUCCUGGAAGUGGUCAGACCAGAAUAACUCCUCAUUCCGUUACUGGGCAGAUUCAAAACCAGGCCAGACUGACAAUUGCAUCUCACUGGCUUUGAAUGACUUUGGGAGAUGGUAUGAUGAACAGUGUAGCCUGCAACACAAUUUCGUCUGCUAUAGAGAUCUGAAGCAGAGGAAACAGAUAGUGAGAGUGACAGUGAGCUCGGACAGUAACGUGAAUUUGAAUGACGUUGCAGUGAAUUCAGCAAUUCUGAAUCAGAUUGAGCAGAAGCUGAAGAAGGGGUCCUUCAACAUCAAGCUGAGCUGGAGAUGGAAGGAUAACAAAGUGUUUGAACUAAAGAAGAAGACAGUGCUGGUGACGGAGUGCAAAAGAACAUGAAGAAGAAGAGGGCCACUGAUGAACUGUAGUCAUGUGAGACGAAUGUCAAGUAAUUUUUCUGAAAUCUUUUUUUUUUUUAUUUUAAUUUUAGCAGCAGGACUAAAGACAUGAUUUCCAGUAAAUCCAUCAAAAUAAAAAUCAUAAAUAAGAAAUACAAAACAACAAAAAUAUCAUUUACAAGACCUGGCAAACAAGCAAACUAAAUACAUAAUCCAGUCCGCUGAAUGGUAGUAGCUUAUUAUAUUUUUACUUGUUUGACGGGUAAAUUCUGUGUUCGGUAAAUGUUUAUAAAAUUUCUCCCCUCAUCAUUUGAUGCUGAGCUUGGAAGAAGAAGAGUAGCAAGUGUUUCCUACAAGACAUGUGCUACUUCACCUUUUAAACUGCCACUAACACAAUGGGCCUCAUUCACCAACUGUCCUUAAGAAUACAUUUCUU